UAUUAAAUUAUACAUAUUGUUUCGACUUUAAAUAUCGGGUAAAUCCGGGAAAAUUCAACCCUAUUACUAUCUGUCAAAUAACAUUUUCAAUUUGAAAUCAGUCACAGUUCUGUUAGGCGUUUCUUUAAACAUAACUUAAACAUUAACUUGUGAAAAUAUGGAACCCAAGGAAACUCCGCGAGAACCUGUUGAACAAGCAGAGGAAGAAAAUGUCGAACUUAAAGAGACAGACUCUUCAGGGCCUCCAAGUCCUGAAGGAGCCAGUGGAUUCGGUUAUACAGUUACCUCUAUAGCCGAAGACAUGAUUUCGAAAAGUUUUAGUGAACUAGGUUUACAUGGAGCAGGCGCAGUUGAAUCUGAAGUAGUUGUUUCGUCCUCUCCACAGCCUCAACAGCAACAGCAACAGAUAACUCCUUUCAGAUCCGGUAUUCUUAAAGGAAUUUCAUCUCAAAUAUCAGGACCACCUUUAAAGAAGCGUGUUCAUUUUGCAGAAAGCAAUCUGGAAACCAUCUGGGGUUUGUAA